CCGGCGACUUUUGCUGCGCGCACCCCGCACGGCGAGUCGGCAUCGGCACAUCGGCACGACUCGCUCUUCUCUAUCUUCCUGCCCCGCGAGCAACCUCUGCUCCUCGACGUCGACUCGACAUAUAAGCGCCUGUCGAGGUGCUGAGUAAUGCUCUCCACCGGCCCCGACAAUAUGGCAUCCUACACGCCCUCCGACGAGAAGACCCACUUCGACCAUGUCGAGGUGACCAAGUCCCCCGGCUCCGGCCCGACAGUCGACACGAUCGACCUCGACCACCUGGCCGACGCGUCAGACUACACCCAUGCGGUGCGCAAGGCGACCGAGCGCGAGCACGCCCUCAGCUUCCGCGAGGCCGCGCGCGCGUACCCCUGGGCCUUCUUCUGGUCCAUCGCCAUCAGCUUCACCAUCAUCAUGGACGGGUACGACACGUACCUCCUCUCCCAGUUCUACGCGUACCCGUCCUUUGCGAAGAAGUAUGGCGAGUUCAACCCAGCCCAGAACGACUACAACGUGCCUGCCAACACCAUGGUCAUGCUCGCCAACCUCAACAUGUUUGGCAGCUGUAUCGGCCUCUUCGGCAUGAGUCUGGUCACCGAGCGCUUCGGCCACCGCAAGGUCAUCAUGAUGGGUCUCGCCAUGCUUGUCGCCACCAACUUCCUCACCUUCUUCGCGCCAAACAUCAAGUGGCUGACGGCCGGUGUCUGCCUCUCGGGUAUCCCCCAAGGCCUGUUCGGCAUCCUCGGCUCGGCAUACGCUUCUGAAGUCGCCCCGCUCGCCCUCCGCGGCUUCCUGACCUCGUUCGUCAAUAUCUGCUGGGUUAUUGGACAGUUCGUGGCCGGAGGCCUCCUCGCGGGAUUGGUCAACAUCCCCAGCGAGUGGUCGUUCCGCAUCCCGUUCGGCCUCCAAUGGGUGUGGUGUGUCCCCGUCUUCUUCCUCACCCUCUGGGCCCCCGACUCCCCGUGGUGGUGCGUCCGCAAGGGCAACAUGGCCGGCGCUGAGCGCUCGGUCAAGAAGCUCUCGCCCAAGUCGACCCACUCCGAGACCCGCGAGCUGCUCGCCAUGUACCAGCACACUACGGCCAUGGAGAUGGCUGACCGCGUCGGCACGACCGUUCUCGACUGCUUCAAGGGCGUCGACCGCCGCCGUACCGAGAUUGCCUGCAUGGUCCUUGCUGCUCAGCCCCUCUCUGGUGAACUCUUCGCUUACGGCUCGACCUACUUCUUCCGCCAGGCUGGUCUCAGUGCGGACAACACCUACAAGCUCAACUUUGGCUCCACCGCCGUGGCGUUCGUCGGAACCGUCUUCUCGUGGAUCCUUGCAAUCUGGUUUGGUCGCCGCACCCUCAUCAUUGCUGGGUUUGUCCUCAUGGGUCUCGAGCUCCUCAUCAUCGGCAUCUUGCACUACUUCAACUCGGCUCAAAGCGUCGUCUGGACCCAGGCUGCUCUCACCGUCCUCUGGCUGGGCACCUACUCGGCGACCCUCGGACCUCAGUCCUUCGGUCUGGCCGCCGAGGUGUCUGCCACCAAGCUGCGUGCCCCCACCAUCGCCCUCGCGCGUCUGUGGUACACCAUCUGCUGCAUUAUCGGGGUGUCCUUCCAGCCCUACCUCAUCAACGCGACCGCUCUCAACCUGAAGGGCCGCACUGGCUUUGUCUGGUUCGGCUUCUGCGUCCUCACCCUCAUCUGGUGCAUCUUCCGCCUCCCCGAAACGAAGGGACUCACCUACGCCGAGCUGGACAUUCUGUUCGAGCGCCGCACCCCAGCUUGGAAGUUCAAGUCGACCAAGGUCGAUGUCAUUGAGGAAACCACUCGCGACGCAGGCUCGGACAGCGCGUAGGUGGUAGUAGGUUAGGUGGUGGGAGCGGGAGUGGCAAAGGUCGGACAAGGGUUCUGAUGGGCUCGCAGGUGUAUAUGGGAAGUGAGUAGUUCAGCAGUAGGAAUGAAAUGGAUUGGGUUCUCGAUG